AUGACUAAUCUUUCAGAAAAAACUUUUCAAAUUUCAUCUCCAGCUGCAUAUGAGUUGUUAGCUGCAGUAGAAUAUUCAUGGAAGGGGACUUUGAUGAUUUCACAGAAAAAGCAUCAUUGGAAAAGCUGCUAUUGUAUUGUAUCACAGGGUUGUGUUUACUUGUAUGAAAACUGGCGAUCACAUAAAGCAUUCCAGAAACAGUCUUUAAAAGAAUUUAAAAGCGCUUGGGAGUCAACAGAGGAACACAAUGGAGAAAUUUGCUUUUAUCUUGGUUACAAUGAUGAACAGCCACCUCUACAUUUUUGCUGUGAUACAGAAGAAUCACAAAAAAAAUGGGUUGACGAAUUAAACCGCAGAAUUUCGGAAGUGAAGUCCCACUUUCGUCAAUCAUGUGAUAGCGGAUACGGAAGCGCAGGAACAGUACCCGCAAUAGAAAUCGAUGUUGACAAAGAAACAAGAAUUGGAACUGAUGAUAAAGCGUACGAUGAAGUUGAUCAAAGACGGUUUGGCAAUAUACACCAUGGAAUGAAGGAAGAAGCGGGUGUUAUACACAUGAAGGGGCAACAACAUGUAUUAGACUCCGCAGACACAGAUGACGAUUAUGAAGACGUAAGCCCUUCAUUAAAGGGCCUAUUAGCAGGAGAUCGAAAACAUUCAAUAGCUUCGUCAUUUUGUUCCGUGUCAGCACCAAGUGACUCUCACUGUGACACGCAUUUAGUUCAUGAGAAUGACAGCAAAAAGAAAACAGCACAUUCACACAAAAGUGAAACGGAACGCCAUAAUGAAACAACGGCCAAACAAAAUGGAGCAUUACUGUUUCCAAAAGCACCAUUUUUAGAUGAGCUCAAAACAAGGGUGCAUUCUGAUAAUAAAGGCUGAUCGGGCGGAGGACAUAAGAAAGAUAUGCAGCCUUCAUGAAGUAUAAGAGGAACGACAUGAACGAAGAUUUUUUUAAUUGAAUGUUUGAAACAAGUGGAUUCCCUCAAUCUUUGGGCCUGAGCAUAAUAUGUCAUAAACAUAAGGCUGGAUCAACCUGUAACCCGAGUUAUUCUCGAGGAAUUCCUCACAUUAUUACACUAUAUAAAAUAUUUUCAAGCAUCGGUGAUAAACGCUUGACGUAUAAAUUGGGGAAAAUAACAAUUAUUUUGAUGAACCACAGGCAGGUUUUCGGUCUGGAUAUCCGGCAAUUAUUUGUUUUACUUCAAGUUAUGGCGCAAAAAUGUUUUUCUAAACUGGUCAUAUAUUUCGAGGCUUCUACAUGGUUAUUUGCAAGGCCUUCGAUAUGAUUAAUCAUCAGAUACUUUUUCAAGCUUUACAAAGCAUAGGAGCAAAUGGAAGAUUUAGUGUUUUUAUAAAAUAAAGUGUAUAAUUAGCUCUAUGCAAGCGUAAAUGAUGUGUGCUGUGAUUUAAAUGCACAAACCAUUUCUAAAUAGGCCUACGAUUUCUGAAUCUUUCAAAUGUAAUAUAGGAACCCGACAGGGAUACAGUUUCUGCCCUUUGUUAAUGAAUUAGCAUAAUGCCUCGCAUAUAUAUAAUUCUGAGAUACUUAUUACGCACAAAAUUCACGAUAUCUGUGCUGAUGAUGUAGCAAGUUGUGUUGAAACAGCAAUAAGAUAACAUCAACUAAAUGUUGUCGAUGAAUUUUAUAAAAAAUACUGAGACGGAAAUAAAUCUAAAUAAAGCUAAGAUAAUGGUUUUUAGAUAUAGAGGAUCUCUCAAACAGUAUGGGAAUUGGAUUUCUGAGUUUAGACAAGUUUACACCCGUAAACAAAUAAAUGGGAUCUUUAUUUACGCCUUGGCUAUCAUAGAGUUCAGCACAGAAUGAAUUAUGUACACACGCCGAACCGAACAUGCAAAACUUUCUGUGUAUAAUUCAAAGAAGCUUAUGAUUAUUUUCCGACUAAUGAACUGUUCAUUCUGUUUGAUAAUGUGGUUAUACUAUUCUUUGCUUUUGGUGCCAGAUAUGGGAAAAUUGAUUUGUUAAUUCAAGGCAGUUAAAAAGCAUUUAUGUUUUAAAAGAAAUAUAAUGCAUGUUAUAAAUAAAUGUGUAUGUUUGCCAUUAUGUAUAAUAUGUUUUGUUAAUUGUAUAAAAAACGGGGUAAGUUGUUUCCAUAUUAUAGAUAUUACAAACUGUGAAAAAAUC